AUGGUAGCUACCGGGCAGGUGGUUAGGACAACCAAGGAGACCAUCUGCGUGAAGCCUCUGCCGUGGAGCCGGACGAGUGCGAAAUGGCGGCGCUCCUUACCCGACCUUCCAGGCUUCCCGGCCGCGUCACUUCACAGGCCGCUGAGCCUCAGAGGGCUGGGGGGGCUUCCUGGGGGGACCCCCGGUGUCCGGGAGCCCUGCCCCGCCUCUGCAGCAGGAUUUAUCCUGACCCGGCCCAGGGACAACGAAGCCCGGAGAGGCGGCCUCCGACCCCAAGGGGCGCGGGCCCGGCCCUGCGGCUCGUGCCCUGCGGCCCGGUCGAGGCUCCCUCAGCCUCUCCUCCACGCUCCCCUCCUGCCCCUGAGAAGACCUGAGGGCGUCAGCGAGCAGCCUCACCCCGAGGAAAAGGCCUUCCGGCCCGCCCCGGCCCAGCCGCCCCCUCAGAUACGGUGGAAGGAGGUAGGAGGAAAGGGCGGAGCGUUGGCGUCCAGAGACGCACAUCGGAACCUCGGAUCCAGCGUGGUGCGGGGCGCAGGAACCGAGCCCCGAAAACGUCUUGAACGCUCGGGGUUUGGGAGCAGGCGGGGAGGGCCCGGCAGGGAGCAGGAGGUCCGCACCCCAGUCAGACCCAGCAGGACGCAGAUAGCGCUGCCCACACUCCCGUUUCUGCUACGUGUGGAAAGCCCUGGGCCGGCGACGGUCUGCACCCCGCCAGCUUCUCCUGAGGGACCCCACCCCAAUGGGGAAACUGAAGCACAGGACAUGCUUGAAUCUGAGCCCAGUCUGACCAGGGGUUCGUGCAACGGGCCCUUCCCCUUCCUGGCACCAGUGCUCACGGCCUUCUACACGCCCAUCACAGGCCGCCAGUGUGGCCCCAGCGCCCUCCAGAGCGGGUGGAGGCUGUCUGGAGGCCGAGGAGGAAACUCCCAGUGUCGGAAAGGGCGGAGUCCCUCAGCAAGCUGGGGCCGGUCCCCGCGGCCCCCGGCCCGCCCGCCCCCAGAUCGAAACCCGGAACAGGCUUCUCCCGCCCAGCAAGUGCACAGCCCGUGGGCCCCUCGCGCCGCCGCCGCCGCCGCCUGCGACGCGCCGGGAGCAUGUGGAGGCUUCCAGACAUUAGAUCGGGGGUCGCCCGGCUCGCAGGCUCGGCUUAAGGGCCCGUCACCAAUCCGCCCUUGGGCUCAAGUGCCAACUAUCCUGUCGGUGAAAACCGGAAUUGAAGGAGGAGGCGCGGCCGUUCCUGCCGGGGGCGGUCUGACCGGGCGGCCGGGGCUCUGGCAGCGGGCGGCCCGGCAGGCCCUGGGGCUGUGCGAACCCCGAGGCCCGUCCGCCCGCGGUGACGCCGGGCCCCAGGCCGCGUCCCUGCCGACGGCGCGUCCGCAAGCCUUUCGGGCGGCACGUGGCUUCCACGAGUCACACCUCAAGCGGAGCCGCAGCGGCGGCGGCAGAAGGCUGCUCCGAUGGCGGACUUCGCGCCGGCGAGCGACAGGGGCCCCGGGCGCCGCGGGGAGGACAGGCCCUCGGCGCAGGAUUUCCCGCCACGCGGCUUCCGGGGCCCGGGCGGGGGCGGUUCUUCCGGGGCAGGGGCUUCCGGGGGGCGGGGGCGGGGGCGGGGGCGGGGCCACGGGCGGGCCAGGCCCACAGGACGAGCCCUCGGGGCGGCUGCUGGGAGGGGGCCGGGGAGCCGGAGCGCUGCCGGUCCCUCCCCACGGCCCCAAGGCGCCCUCGGGCCCCCUUCGGCCCCAACACCCAGAGCGCCGCGCCGCCCCUCGACCUUGCCCUUGCGAGGCCCCCAGCUCCUCCUGGAGUGAAGCUCGUGUGAACAACGCAGGGCGCCCCCGCGGGGGACCCGAGGCCUCCGCACGGGCUCCGGGCUCCGGGCUCCUGGCCGGCCGCACCCGGGGGCCGACGGGGGAUCCCGGCCCCCCACGGAACCAGGGCCCCGCCGAGCAACAGACGGUGCGGCUCAAGCUCGGCCCGGACCCCGCGCCAAGGUCCAUCAGCGCUUUGGCCCCAGAACCUCCCCCUCGCUGCCACAGGCCCUCUGCCUGGCCCGUCCCCCUCCCUGGAGACCCAGCGGGCCUGUCCUCCCCGGCCCAGCCCUGGGACCUGACCCGGUCCCCCCAAGCGGUUCGCUUCCCAGGCCGGCAGGUGCUCCCGGCCCCUCCGCGGCGUCGGGGCGCACUGAGCCCGAGGGGGGGCUCGGCCCCGGGCCCGCGGGGGCCACACACCCGCAGGGCCCGGCGAGCGGGGCGCGGGGAGCCCUCGGCGAGGGCUGAGGGGGGCGCUGUGCCAGGAGCCGGGCCCAGACCCGCUCACCUCGGGCGUCGCCGUCGCCGGGUAGGCCGCGGGGGAGACGGGGCGGGCUCGGCGGGGCGGAGUUGGCUGCGGGGCUCGCGGGUGGCCUCGCUGCAGCUCGCCUGCCCUCCAAGAACCCCUGGCAAGCACCGUGUCCCAAAGCCCACGAGUGACCUCGAGUCACUUGAAGCCACUCAGGGGUUCGAGGAUCUUCAGUGA